UCCCUCUUUCCCCGGAUGACGACAUCCUGUCCCCGCGAAUCAGUUUAUAAUUCCGCCGCUUGUUCGUCACACGCCCCGAAGUACCUCCGGCCCGUCGAACCCAGGACAUCGGAGAACGAGUCCUGCUGUCCUUUUUUCGAGGAUUUUGAUCCUCUGCCCGUCUUCGCUCGAUUCCGCGACAAAUUGACCUCUUUUUGGAGUGGUGAAGAGAGGAUGUGGGCAUCGAUGGCGACGACGAACUGUGCCUCUGUCGAGGCGGUGGAGGAGUGCGUGGACGAGGAGGCGGCGUUGUGGCUGAAGCUGGCUGCGAUCGGGGCGAUCCUGAUCGCCGGAGCUGUCGGUGUGGCGAUCCCCUUGGUGGGAGGGAAGGGGCGACUGGUGCGCACCGACGGGGGUGUCUUCGUCUGCGUGAAGGCAUUUGCAGCUGGCGUCGUGCUCGCGACGGGCUUCGUGCACAUGCUCCACGCUGCGGAGUCGUCGCUCACGAACCCAUGCCUCCCGGACUCACCCUGGCGGAAGUUCCCCUUCGCCGGCUUCGUCGCCAUGGCGGCGGCGCUGGGCACGCUCGUCGUCGACUUCGUGGGGACCCAGUUCUACGAGCGGAAGCACCGGGAGGACGCGACGGCGGCCUCUGCGGCGGCGGAUCUCGAGGAGAAGGGGAUCACCGCCGCCUUGCUGACGCCGGAAGCGGAUUCCGCGGGGAGAGGGAAAGACCCGAUGCACAUCGUCGGGAUGCACGCCCACGCGGCGGCCCACCGCCAUAGCCACUCGCACGCGCACGGGGCGUGCGACGGCGCCGCGGUACCCGUCCGGUCCCACGGCCACGCGCACGAGGAGGAAGGCGAGGGCUCGUCCAACGCACGGCACGUCGUGGUGUCACAGGUGCUGGAGCUCGGAAUCGUGUCGCACUCCGUGAUCAUCGGGCUCUCCCUGGGCGUGUCGCAGAGCCCCUGCACCAUCCGGCCGCUGGUGGCGGCUCUCUCCUUCCACCAGUUCUUCGAAGGCUUCGCGCUGGGCGGGUGCAUCUCGCAGGCACGGUUCCGGAGCACGGCGGCGGCCAUGAUGGCGUGCUUCUUCGCGAUCACGACGCCGGCGGGAAUCGCCUUGGGAGCGGGCGUGUCGUCGUCGUACAACCCCAACAGCCCGAGGGCGCUGGUGGUGGAGGGCAUGCUGGACUCCAUGUCGGCGGGCAUCCUGAUAUAUAUGGCGUUGGUGGAUCUCAUCGCGGCGGAUUUCCUGAGCCAGACGAUCAGCUGCAACGUGCGGCUUCAGGUGGCGUCCUACUUGGCUCUGUUCCUCGGCGCGGGGGCGAUGUCGGCCCUCGCCAUCUGGGCUUGACUCGAGCAACGGAGGCACGUUUUGGCUUCCCUGCACGCAUGCACGCAUCGGUAUACAUCACUGAUUGUUUUUUGGGAUUAAUUAUUUGGACUGCAAGUAUUACAUCUUAAACAUUGCUUCUGUUUUUUGGGUUGAUAAGAGAUGUAGACGUGAUAGCCAAUAUUGAGGUCCACAUUUGUAGGCCAUGAGAGCGAUGAUUGAUGAUUGAUGAUUGAUUGGAGCAUUGCGUGCA